UCUUAUCGAAAAAGGAAGAGGAGUUGUGAAGAGAAAAGCACACGAGGACAAAAGUGUCCACACCUCUAUGCAUUGAUCAGCUUCUUCCUCUCCAGCCUUUUCUUCACUGAUCAAGUGCAGCAGCGGUAGCAAAACAUAUUCUUCCAAGUUUGGAGAUUCUAAUCAGUUCUCCUUUCGAGUUCAGUUUAGUUUGAGAGCCAGCUCCAAUCUGUGAUGCAUGCGGCAGAUGAUGGAGGGAACCAGUGGCUGUUCUGCUCCAGCUUGGUGGAGCUUGAACGCAUCCAUGGCUCUUCCUCAACCUUCCAAUUCUGAGAUGUGGCAGCAAGACCAUGAUCAUGGCGGCCAAGAUUUGCCAGAGUCAUGGUGCCGACUUUUGUUAGGAGGGUUCAUAAUUGGGGAAGAAGACCAGAAGCAUGGCUUGAUCAAGUGGACUGAUCAGAGCAAUAACUGUGGAGUAGAACCAUUUGGAGCAAAAGGUGGGAACCGCCCACCCCAGCGGCCCCCUGCGCCCGGCCCCACAGGUGUGCAGGAGGAGAACCAUUGAUACAUGAGCAGAUGGUUUCAUCUGUGGCAACACAUACAUCAGCUACAGGAUUUCACGAUCAACAUCAUCAAGCGCAGAGCCAUGGACCAUCCUCAUGGACACAAAAUAGUACUGUUCUUCAAGCAUCAUCUCCCGGAUCCUGUGUCACCACCAGUCUCAGCACCCACAGCAUGUUGGAUUUCUCAGCCAAGCGUAGACACAAAUUACCCGCAGACCAUAAUAACUCUUCUGAGGGAAACAGCACAGAAGCUGCUCCAACUUUGAAGAAAGCUAGGGUUCAAGGCUCUUCCUCUCCACAAUCUAGUCUCAAGGUGAGAAAGGAGAAGCUGGGGGAUAGAAUAACAGCACUGCACCAGUUAGUGUCGCCAUUUGGCAAGACUGACACAGCGUCGGUAUUGCAAGAAGCCAUUGGGUACAUCAGAUUCCUCCAGAGUCAAAUCGAGGCACUGAGCUCGCCAUACCUGCAGCAAUAUCAUCAUCAGCAGCAGCAGCAGCAGCCUGGAAAUAAUGAGGAGGAGGAGGAGGAAGAGGAAGAAGAAGAAGAAGAAAUUAAGGACUUGAAGAGCCGAGGGCUGUGCCUUGUGCCAGUGUCCUUCACCAUGCACGUAGGAGGCGACGAUGGUGCAGAUUUCUGGGCUCCUUCUCUUGCUGGAGGAUUCUGACCGUGGAGGAGAGCAAGGAACUUAAGUAUUUCACAUGCAUGCGGCCAUGCAGUGGGUAUAGGGUUGGAGGAAGGCAUAACAUCAUUAGCAGUCAUUCUGAUUGCAAGCUAUGCUCAAGGUUGAUUGCCAAUGAUGUUAUGGAAGGUUAAUCGAUUAACUACGUGCUAGAUGUACACAAUUCAUGGUAUGUUUGCUAGAUGCUAGCCAUUGGUGAUGUAUAUGAUGUAUUACUUGUGAUUAAUCACGAUCAGUUUUGUUAAUAAAAAAUGUGUAAGUCAUUAACCUACCAUUAAAUAUCAUAUCUUUGUUUGUGUUAUAGUUAAA